AUGGCGGGCGGCGACAAAACCCGCUCGUACGAUGACAUGAGGGAGAAGAUGUCUCCCGUCGUCAGCACCGAGCCUGAGCUGGCAGAGGCACUGCGCCGUUAUGUGCCUCAUUCGGCCGAGGAGAAGAAGCUCGUGAGGAAGAUUGACUUGUUCCUCAUGCCCAUUCUUUGGAUCAUGUACAUUCUCAAUUAUGUCGACCGGACCAACAUUGGUAAUGCCAAAAUCGCCGGCAUGGCGGUAGAUCUUGAUCUCGACGACAACCGCUACGCCUGGGUUCUGUCCGUUUUCUUCUUCGGCUACCUCAUCUGCGAGGUCCCUUCAAACAUGAUUCUCAGCCGGAGCAAACCUUCCAUUUUCCUGCCAGCCAUCAUGCUCGUCUGGGGCGCACUUAGCGCAUUAAUGUCCAUCUCCAAAACGUACGGCGUUCUACUGGGCUUCCGUUUCGUGCUGGGGUGCAUCGAGUCUGGAUUUUUCCCCGGUGUCCUGUACUACCUCAGUUGCUGGUACACCAAGGCAGAGCUAGGCAAGAGAUUUGGCAUCUUUUACACCGCUGCUGUGUUGUCGGGUGCCUUUGGCGGGAUUUUGGCCGGUGCCAUUACUGAUUAUAUGCAUGACGCACAUGGCAUUGCCGGCUGGCGCUGGCUGUUUAUUGUAGAGGGAGUUGCGACUGUUGGCGUGGCCUUCGUUGCCUUCUUCGUCCUGCUUGACUAUCCCGGCACGUCGAAGCGGCUGACACCAGAGGAGCGCAGGCUGGCUGCCAUUCGGAUUAUUCACGACGGCAUUGCGACGGGAGGCCAUUCGGACAAGCGUUUGAGUCAUUGGCAGGCGUUUGUAGCUGCGGUUACGGAUCCUAGGACGUACAUGUUCCUCAUCCUGUAUAUGCUGGAUGUUGGUGCUGGUACCAUCUCAUAUUUUAUUCCUACUAUUAGCCAAACUAUGUACAAAGACAGCACCAGAGCGCAAUACAUGACGGUGCCAAUCUAUGUUGUUGCGGCUGUUUGCCUCAACAUUCUCGCCUGGUCAUCCGAUCGCACCGGCGAUAGACGCUGGCACAUUACGGGCGCUCUUGGGCUAGGCUUUGCCUGCAGUGUAGUGUGUGCCGCCGUGCAAACUUCGGUCGUUCGCUACGUCAUGGUGUGCUUCGUGGCGGCGGGCAUAUGGUCGGCGCUGCCUCUCAUUUUGUCGUGGACCAGCAACACGGUCAGUUUGCCGCCGGAGAAGCGUGCGAUUGUUCUUGCGCUGGUCAAUGCAUUUGGAAACUUUUCCAGUGUCUACGGAAGCCGUAUCUGGCCCAAGGACAACAGCCCGGCGUUCCAUAUUGGCUUUGGCGUCACGGCCGGCUUUCUUGGCUGUGGCAUGAUUUUGGCGGCGCUCAUCCCCGUGCUUUGCGCUUUAUUCGCAUGGAAAGGCACCCAGGUUGAGAUGGAGCUCCGCGACUCAUCCUGCACUGAGGAGAAUUAA